AUAGCCUUCAGUACCACCUGUGUGAGCUAAUUCGACAUCUUGACAACAUGACAACAUGAGUAAAUAUCUUUCUAUAUCAGAAGACUGGGUAAAAGAGAAGGUUAAAAUUUCCGGUGAAAAUCUAGAGGACAUAAAAACAUUAAUACUACAAGGAAACUAUGAGGAAAAAAUUAGCUGCCUUGGGACUUCGUUAUUGCAUUUCUCAAGGUUAAAAAUUUUGGAUCUAUCAAGAAACGUAUUGAAAUCUAUCAGAGGUAUCGAACACAUUAGGACUUUGGAAGUAUUAAACCUAUAUUACAAUAGUAUAGAAGAGAUAAAUGAACUUCGAGUUCUAUCUUUCAACCAAAAUAUCAGAGAUUUGGACCUCAGGCUGAAUCCGGUUUCGCGUAUAAACUCCGAUUACAGGCUUUACCUCACGUACAUCCUUCCUAAACUAAAAACGCUUGAUUGUCGUAUGCUGAGAGAUGCGGAAAGGAAAGCAGCGAUUUCUUUCUUUGGAACUGACUCUACAGUUGAUAACUGUCCUUUGUCCAUGUUAAGGAAACGUGACGAUACGAAAUCACCCAAAGCCAGUAAAGCUAGACUUGACCAUAGUCCGCACUUUAUUGAAAACACAGAUCGCCCAUUAAAAUGUUACCAAAAUCAUAAUAAAUGUUCACUAAAUCUGGAUAUAUGGCCAUGUGAUGGUUAUACUACUUUGAAUAAUCCACUAGUUUACGAUGUGGAGGCUUAUGAUUUAUCAACUGGAUCGCAAGAUCCAUGGACAAAUAAUAUUUUACGUGCUGAUUCAAAACCCAGAUUAAUGCUACCACCGCUUGAUCCUCCCAGAGGUGUCAAACAUGCUGAGUUCUACAAUUGUAAAGAGAGACUACAAACAGAAUUAGAAUUUACUGUACCCGGAAGAAAAGAUAAUGUUGAUGAAAAUGGACCGAUUAUUGACAAAAAUGGCCAUCAAUCUCAUAAGGAAUCCAGUGAACGAUGUUUAACCGUUGUCUCUUCAAAUGUUAAAUUAGGAAAUGGUCCACGUAUACCACCUAGAGGAAAACGUUUCACUCCAUCUUCUAUACUCUCUAAUCCAAAUGUCAAAAAAACUUCAGUAGAACAGGAUAAAAGUGAAUAUAUUUCUGAACUCAGUAAACAUUCCGAAUCUUCAUUGAUGAGGAAUGACUAUAUAGACAGUUAUUCAAUUGAAAAGAUAGAUAAUGCAUUUUUUCUCAUAAUGAAAAAUUUUAUUGAAGAAGCGGUUUCAGAAAGCUUUGCUCGUUAUAAAAUAAGUGAACUAAAAACUAAUUUAUCAAAAUAUUCUUCGAAUAAUGGUUCAUUCGCUGCUGUACCAUCUACAACAUCUUCCACUAGUCGAAUUUAUUCAACCAUUGGUAAAUCACAAUCAAAUCCACACAUAGAUGUAACAUCUAACGGUCAUACAAAAAACACCAGUAACCAUAGCAAUGAUGUUAACAGUAAUUACAUAAAUGAAAAUAAAAAUCAUACAUUUCAAGAAGAAUUACUCAAUGGAAACCGUAUCUUAAGCUUGGAGCAGUCAAGAAGACCUCAAGAGAAAAGAAUGGAAGUAAAUGAAUUCACACAAGAAGGAAAUGAAGCAGAAAUCUCCAGAAGAGAUUAUUUUCCACCAACGACUAGAGAUAGUCCUAAAUUAAUUCAAGAUGACAAUCUAAGAAAUAAAGAACUAGAAUGUGAAAAUUCUCGAUUGACUGCUGAAGUAGAACGAUUGAAAACACGUUUAAAAUUGUAUGAAGAACUUGCAUCCGCUAUGAAUUCAAAUAUGACUGCAUUUCAUCCUGUCAUGCCUUUAUCUCUGACUAAUUCACACGAAUCAGCAGGCGGAAAUAUCGGUUUUAAUAUAAAUGCCGGGUCUACUAUGAAACGUACUAUGUCCUUAAUGUCAUCAAAUACAAAUUUAACAAUCAAUCCAAAGACAUCGUCCUCAUAAAUAAUUCCUAGUGGAUUAAAUUUUGAAAAUGAUCUUACACGUCAGGAACAAUUUUCUUAUAAUGUUUAGAUGUAAUAAUCAUCAAGAGAAUCAGCUGAAUUCAAUACCACGUAUUCAGAAUUUAAAUUAAUAAGGUAAGUAGUUUAGUUGUUAUUCUUGCUUUGCUAUAUUUUUUAUGUGGUUAUUUUUAAAAUAGUUUAUGACACGUACAGUAUUUAAUCAUCUAAAAAUUAGUUUACUUGGAGCAGUUGCAAGUUUCAUCUUUGUAAAGUCAUAUUUAAAAGCUUUUUGUUAUGCACUAAUCAAGAACUUAUGAAGGUCGUUUCUUUCCCAAGGCUUCAUUUUUUUUAAAGUGAAACCGUUCUAUAUCUCCAUCAUCAACACUUGGUAGAUAAUUUCAUUAUUGUAUCGGUUAUAAGGUCGAUGAAAAAUACAAACUCCAACAUUCUCGAACUACAAAUCAGGACACUAAAAGAUCAAAUUUAUUAUUUAUUUGUUCAUAUGAUUGAAUGAGUAGCAUAACAUAUCACAACGUACUACACAUGGAUAUACAAAUACGGUAUUUUCUUUAUAAGGUUGAUCGACAAAUUUAUAACUAGUUGAUUACAUUUUAUAAACUGUAUAAAAUGGCAAUAACAAAUAUUGAGUUUAAAGUUAGAUUACAACUAACAAUGUUCAUUUGUAUACAUUUGUAUACAGUUUAAUAAUCAUGAAGCGAAAGAUACCAAUUUGAUUAUUUAUAUUUUGUUUUAAUGAGAAAUGGGAUUUGUUUAGUUUUAUUAAGGUUUCAGGUACAUCUCAUCGGUGUAUUUUUUCACCAGUAAAUUACUAGUUCAAGUGGUCGUUUGCACAGUAUUCCGACAAAUGAGUCCAUUGCCAUUUUUUCACUUAUUUAUGAAUGAACUUACCUACAACUUUUCAUUAAAUGAAUCAUUCUGACGCUCAAGCAUUCCUAUGAAAUGUUAAGCAAGAGUACACUAGAUAUGUUCAUAUUGGACAAUUGUGCAUAAAUUUAGUAGAUAGUAUGUAUGUACAUAGCACUCAUUUCCUGAAUAAACAGUAAAAUUAUGAGAAGUGGCUUGUACGAUACAAUUAAUAUUGAAAACACAUUAUGGAUAAACUCAGAUGAUAGAAACUAAUAUGUUCUUAUUUCCUUGGACUAAAUUUCAUCUUUUUCCAUUCCAGCUUUUUCAGGAAGUUCAGUAUAGUUUGAUGAAAGCAUUUAGUGCUUCGUUAAAUUGAUAAUAACAUUUUCAUCCGUUUUUUCAUCAAAUUACUGAACUAAUUGAAUUUUGAACACAGCUUUUGUUUUAGGCUACUAAUUAACUUUAAAAAAUCCAGCUUUGACUUUGAUUUCUUUGUCAAUUGACAUGUUAACUUGAAUUGUUUUUAUUCCCAAUUUGUUUUUUGUUGUGUUAUUCUAGACAUUUAUUGUCAUUGUUCUUCUUGAUCUCAUUCUACUACUAAACGUUUUAAAGUAAUGUACGCAUAUCACAAAAUGGAAAUGGAACUUAAUGAAUUUUUCCUUACUCUAAAAUCAUUACUGCUUUUGUGAAUUGUUUUCUUGAGUCACCAAUUGUAUACACAAACAUAUCAUGACAGUUUGUUUAUCCUGUGAUUUGUUGUAAUUCUUUCCACACUUUUAUUUACUGCUAUCUUUUGUAAGUUCUGUUAUUGGAACUCCUCCAGCUUAACAACUAUGUACGUAUAGUAAUACUUCAAUUCAUCUCCCGAUAUUGAAUUUUCUCGGGUUUUGAAAAACGAAUUAUUAUGUUUCUACUGAACUGCGAAUUUCUAAUUUUUGCUGACAAUAUGUUUAUUUUUCUGUUGUUGUACUUUUCCCUUCUUUUUCAAAUGUUUCAAAUAAACUGUUUAGCUAAACCAUU